GCAAUGUUACUUUAUCUCUCCUCACGACCAAAACGCUCGGCUCCCACGCCUCGCCUGAGAUAAACAACAAAAGUAUAAUCGAAACAAAUAACAAAAAAAUGAUUUUUCUCAAAAAUAUUUUCUCUUAAUCAAAGUUUUAAUUUUUCUUAAACAGCUAAAGGAAAAAAAAAAAAAAAACCCACAGAAACAGACACCAUGAAAAAAGGUCAGCUGUUUUCUUUUAAUCCCUAGCUUCAUGUUACUUUGGUUUUCCACUUGAUUGAAGUUGUUGAAAAUGCUGUGAAAAGGAAGGAAACAGUUUUAAGAUCUGUGGAAAAGGCAAUUUCUUUGCAGCAAAUACUAUGAUGAAUCAAGACAAUGACCCAGAGGAUAACCUUGAUGCAUCAGCAGAUGUUCCGCUGAAGCGCAAACGUGGUCGUCCAAGAAAAUUUCCAAAACAUAAUCUAAAUCAGGGGGAGACUAUUCAGACUCCAAACCAUGCCGAGAAUACCCAUAUCCCACCUGGAUAUGAGGGAGUGAAUGGAAAUCAACCUCACCAAGCUAAUCCAAUCAAUGAUUCGAAUGAUGUAAUGGUGGGUCAGGCUGUUUAUGGUGUUAUUGAGGCAGCAUUUGAUGCAGGAUAUUUGCUCACUGUUAGAGUUGGCAACUCUGACACCACUUUAAGGGGUGUGAUUUUCAAGCCUGGGCAUUAUGUUCCUGUUUCACCAGAGAAUGAUGUAGCUCCUAAUGUUCAAAUGAUCAGAAGAAAUGAGAUUCCCUUCCCAAGGGAGAGGAAUGAGCAGCAUAUCAAUUCUCAUAGAAUUGGAUCUGCUCAUCCAUUCAGUGAACCAGCUGUAGCCAACCAGGUGCCACGAGCCCGGGCUUCAAAUCUUGGAGGCUCAAAAAGAAAACAUGUGCAGUUGGUGACAACACAAUAUACUUCUCCUCUAAUGUCCAGAGGCAGUGUGGUGCCUGUUGUGCUCAAACCUGCUGGUUUACCGAACGGUGAAUCAGUUGCCGACCAACCUUCUGUGGUUGCAAGCCAACCUACUCAUUUGGUGGCCUCUAAAGGUAAACAGGUGUCUGAAGCCUCCGAUACAUCAAAUGGUGCAGCACCCACCAACCAGAUGCCAACAGUGGGAAACCAAAUGCUUCCUACUCAACCCCAAAGUGGUAACCACACUGUGCCAAAAGGCAUACAAAGUGAAACUGUUUCAUUUAAUCAACCCCCAGCAGAGGUUUUGCAGGAGAAGGAAGCCAAGUCAAUGACUGGCAUGCCUUUUGAGAAACUAUUAACUGAAGUCAUGAAAAGAAUUCAAGUCCCCUCCCAACCAUUGGAUGCUCAAGGUGGUAAUUUGACUGUCAAAAAUUCUGGACAUAACCAGGAAGAUGAUCAGCCACUCUCUAUUGAACCACUACAAGCUGUACAGCCUGCUCACUCUUCUGUGCUCAAACCUGAAAAUUUUAGAACUGGCAAGAUGACUGAGCUGUUGCAGGCUGUUCAAGAAAACAUGAGGGAAAACCAAGCAUCUCGGACUGAAGAGCCAGCCAUUGGUUCCGGAGAAACUGAGCUUGGAGAUUAAAAAAUGCAUUAUUCCAUUUAAGUAUUCACAGGUUUCAAGUAUCGAAUUCAACAGGCAUUGUUACUAGCAGCUUCUGGGCUAGCUCACAUGUUGUAGAGUGUUUUAGUUGAACCAGAUAGACUAUGUAAAAUGUUUUCGAUCCUAAACUAGGUGAAGGAGCUUCCUUGAAGGGUCUGCAUGGGAUCUUCUUUGCUCUAACCCUUAGGAUCAGAACUGUUUCCAUUACUUAGAAUUAACGCUUAAUUUCACUUCAUAGAUUUAUAAAAACUGUCAUAACUUAGUAUAUGACGCUAAACCCAAAACCUUGUUAAAUGUAUGCGGCUUCCUUAUGAUCAUCCAAGAGUCAAGUAUGUGCUACAGUCAAGCAUAUUACGUGGGAACUAAAUGUCUCUGAAUGAAUCUUGAAUCAUUAGUGACCAUGGAUAAGUGGUAAAAAAAUGGAGAAUGUUUGCAAA